UGGACUGAAGUCCCGAAGCCACGCCUCACUCUUAUGUUGCUUGUUACUGGGGAAAGCAAGGUCAGUCUUACUCGUCCAACGACCUCUGCUGACUUCUGUCGCUCAGUUUCGAUCUUCCUGUGGGUCUGGCAAUGUCUCUCCUACCAGCAGCACGAGCUGCGGAUGAGCUGGUUUUCUAUGUCAACGGCAAAAGGGUAGCGGAGAAGAAUGCUGAUCCUGAGCAGAUGAUGCUGUCUUACCUAAGGAAGAGACUCCGUCUCACAGGUACCAAGUAUGGCUGUGGUGGAGGCGGAUGUGGUGCCUGCACUGUGAUGAUAUCAAGAUAUGAGCCUGUUGCUAAGAAAAUUGUUCAUUAUUCAGCCAAUGCGUGCUUGAUUCCCAUAUGUUCGUUAUAUGGCAGUGCAGUCAUCACUGUGGAAGGAAUUGGAAAUACAAAAACCAGGAUUCAUCCAGUUCAGGAACGGAUUGCUAAAAGUCAUGGCUCUCAGUGUGGCUUCUGCACCCCUGGAAUGGUGAUGUCGAUCUACGCUUUACUGCGCAACCAGAUGGAACCCACAUUUGAGGAAAUAACCGAAGCUCUAGCUGGUAAUUUAUGUCGCUGCACAGGCUACAGGCCUAUUAUUGAUGGUUGUAAAACCUUCUGUAAGAAAUCCUCUUGCUGCCAGAAUAAGAAGGGGGUUUGUUGCUUGGAUCAGGAAGAUGAUUUACCUUUAAUACUUAACAAGGAAAAAAAGAUUUGUGCAACACUGUCUUCUGCAGAAGAAUUCCAGUCCUUGGAUCCUACCCAAGAGCUAAUAUUUCCACCAGAACUCAUAAAAAUGGCUGAAAAUCAGACAGUACAAACUCUUGUUUUCCACGGAGAACGGACUACGUGGAUUUCUCCUGUAAAUCUAAAGGAACUUCUGGAACUGAAAGCCAAGUACCCCCAGGCACCUCUUGUGAUAGGGAAUACUUGUGUGGGACCUGAUAUGAAAUUUAAAGGUGUAUUUCAUCCGCUUAUCAUCUCACCCACUAGAAUAUUGGAUCUCCAUGUUGUGGAACACACAGAAGAUGGACUAAUACUAGGAGCUGCCUGUAGCCUGACUGUAGUGAAAAACAUUCUAACAAAUGCUGUCUUCAAGCUUUCAGCAGAGAAAACCAAGACAUUCUAUGCUCUCUUGCAGCAAUUGAAAACUCUGGGUGGACAGCAGAUCCGAAAUGUGGCUUCUUUUGGAGGAAAUAUCUUAAGCAGAAGUUCAACAUCUGAUAUCAAUCCUGUUCUAGCAGUUAGCAACUGUAUCCUCAAUGUGGCAUCACAAGGAAGACUGCGACAGAUUCCUUUUCGUGACCUCUUUGCUGAUGGGCUAGGAAACAACACCUUUGAACCAGAGGAGAUCCUAGCGUCUGUUCAAAUUCCACAUUCUAGGAAGGGUGAGUUCGUAGCAGCAUUUCGACAGGCCCAGAGACAGGAAAAUGCUUUACCUAUUGUUACUGCAGGGAUGAGGGUCCUCUUUGAAGAAGGCUGCAACAUCAUUAGGGACUUCAGCAUCUAUUAUGGAGGUGUUGGCUCUACUACAGUUGCUGCCAAGCAAACAUGCCAGGCACUCAUUGGAAGAACUUGGGAUGAGCAGAUGCUGGAUAAAGCUUGCAGAGCAGUACUCCAAGAAAUUAUUCUCCCAAGCUCAGCUCCAGGUGGCAAAGUAGAGUACAGAAGAACUCUCAUUGUUAGUUUCAUCUUCAAAUUCUACCUGGAGGUGCUGCAGGCAUUGAGAAUAAUGUAUCCUAAUCGGUAUCCUGAUAUCCCAGAGAAUUAUGCAAGUGCCCUUGAACAUUUCCAUACCAAAAUGCCCCAGAGCAUGCAAAAGUUCCAGGAAGUGGAGCCAGGGCAACUUGCCCAAGAUCCAGUAGGACGUCCAAUCAUACACCAGGCUGAUAUUAAACAUGCCACAGGGGAAGCUAUUUAUUGUGAUGAUAUUCGUGCAGUGGAUGAAGAACUCUUCUUGGCUUUAGUAACAAGUUCUAAAGCCCAUGCAAAGAUUGUAUCCUUUGAUGCUUCAGAAGCCCUUAAGAUGCCAGGUGUAGUUGAUAUUAUCUCUGUUCAGGAUGUCCCAGCCACUAAUGAGUUCUAUAACUAUGAUGUCCCAGAUAUUAUAUUUGCCAGAGAAAAGGUGAAUUGCGUGGGUGAUAUUGUCUGUGCAGUGGUUGCAGAUUCAGAUGUUCAUGCUAAACGAGCAGCUGCAAAAGUGAAGAUACAAUAUGAACCUCAAGAACCUGUCAUCCUGACUAUAGAGGAGGCGAUAGAGCACAAUUCAUUCUUUGAACCACAAAGGAAACUGGAACAAGGAAAUGUCGAUGAAGCAUUUAAAAUAACCGACCACAUUCUUGAAGGUGAGGUCCAUAUUGGAGGACAAGAACACUUUUACAUGGAAACUCAAAGUAUUCUUGCUGUUCCAAAAGGAGAGGAUAAAGAAAUGGAUGUGUAUGCAUCCACCCAGCAUCCAUCACUUGUACAGGAAAUGGUGGCCUCCUGUUUAGGCAUCCCAAGGAAUAGGAUCAUGUGCCAUGUGAAACGAAUUGGAGGAGCUUUUGGUGGAAAGCUAGCUAAAACCAGUAUACUGGCAUGUGUUACAGCCGUGGCAGCUAACAAGACAGGCCAUGCAGUUCGCUGUGUUCUAGACAGAGGCACUGACAUGUUAACUACCGGAGGCCGACACCCUGUCAUGGGCAAAUACAAAAUUGGCUUCAUGAGUGAUGGCAGAAUCUUGGCUUUGGAUAUCGAUAUGUACAUUAAUGGAGGAUGCACCCCUGAUGAAUCUAUCCUGGUCACACAGGUAAUGCUGCAAAGACUGGAUAAUGCUUACAAGAUACCACAUGUCCGAUCUUAUGCCCGUGCUUGCAAGACAAACAUGCCAUCCAACACUGCCUUCCGUGGCUUUGGUUUCCCACAAGCAGGACUGGUUAUAGAAGCCUGCAUAACACGUGUUGCAGCUAGAUGUGGAUUGUUCUCAGAGCAGGUUAGAGAAAUUAACAUGUACAAGGAAACUGGGCAGACACCUUAUAAACAAGUGUUCAAGUCAGAGAAUCUCCUCAGAUGCUGGAAUGAAUGUAUGAAGAAGUCUGCAUAUCACACCAGGAAAGAAACUGUGAAUAAAUUCAAUAAGCAAAACUACUGGAAGAAAAAAGGGAUUGCCAUUAUUCCCAUGAAGUUCCCAGUUGGGUUGGGCUCACGUUCCAUAGGUCAGGCCGCUGCUCUGGUUCAUAUAUAUACUGACGGGACUGUGCUUCUGACUUACGGAGGUGUAGAAAUGGGGCAAGGGCUUCACACCAAAAUGAUCCAGAUUGCAAGUCGAGAACUACAGAUGCCAAUGUCAAAUAUUCACGUCUGUGACACGAGUACAAAAACUGUUCCUAAUGCGUUUGGUUCAGUAGCAUCUGUGGGAACUGAUGUCAAUGGCAUGGCAGUGAAGGACGCCUGCCAGAUCCUUCGGAAACGUCUUCAGCCCAUCAUUAGCGAGAACCCUAAUGGAACCUGGAAAGAGUGGGCCAAAGAAGCUUUUGAGCAGAGUAUUAAUCUGUCAGCUACAGGUUAUUUCAGAGGUUAUGAAUUAUACAUGGACUGGGAGAGAGGGGAAGGCCGUCCAUAUGAAUAUUUCACUUUUGGAGCUGCCUGCACAGAGGUUGAAAUAGACUGUCUGACGGGAGACCACAAGAACAUCAAAACAGACAUUGUUAUGGAUAUUGGACGCAGCAUUAAUCCAGCAACAGAUAUAGGCCAGAUUGAAGGUGCCUUUGUUCAGGGUCUUGGACUUUACACAAUGGAGGAACUCAAAUACUCCCCGGAGGGGGUCCUCUACACACGGGGCCCAAAUCAGUAUAAAAUCCCUGCAGUUUGUGACAUUCCAGAACAAUUCAAUGUUUCCUUGCUGGCAUCUUCUGAAAACACAACAGCUAUCUACUCAUCAAAGGGUCUUGGUGAAGCGGCACUUUUCUUGGGGUGCUCUGUUUUUUUUGCAAUAUGGGAUGCAGUGGCUGCUUCAAGGAAGGAAAGAGAAUUGUCUGCAGACUUUGUGCUGAAAAGUCCCUUGACUCCUGAACGAGUUAGAAUGGCCUGUGAUGACCAGUUCACUGAGAUGAUCCCAAAGGAUGAAAGUAAAUCCAGCAUUUCCUGGGCCAUCUCCCUUUGAAUGAAAAUCGGAAACGUGUGGCAAGUGCCAGGGAUUGUGGUACUGACUCCAUCAGUCAAUGUCUCACAACACUUUAUCAAUAAGUGCUGCUCAUUUUAAUUCAAUACUUGCUUUCUUGUGGGAAAUACUAUUGCAGGCUUUAUAUUAAUUUGCAUGACAGUCUUCAACCAUCUCAGAUUAUUUAGUAGUAGAGAACUGCAGUUAGAGACCGAACAACUUGGUUACUAUUUCUAGCCUGCCUCCCUAGAUCCCUAAUGCUAACCUACUCCUUAGUCCUAGAGCCCCCUUCAGCAUUUCCACUGGUCUCCUGCUUCUCUAACUCAUCUGCCUACUCUCUCUCCUUAUCAACAGCAAAAAUCUCCUUCUGCUCCCAGGGUCCUAUUUCCCCACCUACUUUUUUUAAAAAAAUUGGCUACUAAGCUUCCUACAACCUUUCCACCAGGCUUGUGCCUCUUCCCCUCAUACUUUUUCUGCUUUUCAACAUACAACUAAAUGUUACAGAAAAACAUGUGGCUACUACCAAACACAGCAACCUCAGGCAGUAUCAAGUUCAACCUUCCCCAGUCUGGUACCCCCUUCCAGAUGUUUUGGAAUACAGUUCUCAUCAUCGCUAGCCAUUAGCUAUACUAGCUGGAGCUAGGGUUGCCAGGUGUCCAGGUUUUGCCCAAAGUCUCUGGAUUUUGGGGGUCCUCUCUGGGUCUCCGGGUGAGUCACCUUAAUCUCCGGACUCUCCGCUUUAAUUUUUAAAAAAAGUUUCUAGGUGGUCUGGUUCACCAGAUAUACACCAAAAUGUCAGCCCCCACAACUUCUGUUAAAUCAGCUCGUAGCAGGCUGCUCUAACCCAGCCCUUUUAGGUUUGUAGCCAAUAAAUGAAGUCAGGGUUGUGAUUUGUUGACCUCCAGGCAGUGCCUAAACCACAUUGCAAUUCCAGAAAAUAGUUGUUUUUUCCCAUUUAUCUGAAAAUCUUAUAAAUUGAGUAAGUAUAUAGCUUUCAGGGGGUUGUGUGCAGGAGUCAAACAAGUUUAAAUUUUCCUCGGCUAUUGAAGAGGGCAGUGUUUUGAAAACCUUCCCAAUAUGAAGCUUUAAUCCAAUACUCGCUUUUCUGGGAGUAAAGCUGCAAUAUUAAUCCCACAUGCCCAGAGUGAACUCCAUUGAAUUCAGUAGGACUUACUUUUGAGUAAAUAAUAAUAAUAAACUUUAAUUUAUAGGCCGCCUAUCUGGCCAAUGGCCACUCUAGGCGGCGUACAAUAAAGCAUGAUAAAAUACACAGUAAAAUAUGAUACAAUAAAAACAAUAUAACCAGUACAGCACAAUGCAAAAUUACAAUAUUUAGUAGAGUUGUCAGUAAUACAAUUCUGAAGCUAGUUCACCUUAGAAGUCUCAAGUUCAUAAAGGCCUGAUGGAAAAGCCAAGUCUUCAGGCCUCUGCGAAAUAUAUAUAAGGAAGGGGCACGUCGAAGAUCUAUUGGGAGGGAGUUCCAAAUCGUGGGGGCCACCACAGAGAAGGCCCUCUCCCGAGUCCUCACCAACCCAAUCACUUUAGUUGACGGGACUGAGAGGAGGCUCUGAGUGGCAGAUCUUGUAGGGCGGCACAAUUUAUGACGUUGGAGGCGCUCCAUCAGGUAUACUGGGCCGAAACCGUACAGGGAUUUAUAGGUUAAUACCAACACCUUGAAUUGAGCCCAGAAAAUAACUGGAAGCCAGUGUAGAUUGUACAGCACUGGGGUAAUAUGAUCAUAACGGCGGGUGUUCGUAAGUAGACGAGCCGCCGUAUUUUGUACCAGCUGUAAUUUCCGGACUGUUUUCAAGGGCAACCCCACGUAGAGCGCAUUGCAGUAGUCUAAACGAGAGGUGACCAGAGCGUGUACUACGAGUGGGAGCUGGUGGACAGGAAGGUAGGGUUGCAGUCUUCGUAUGAGACACAAUUGACCCCAAGCUGCCCGGCACACCGAUGAAACCUGAGCCUCCAUGGACAGGUUGGAAUCAAGGAUCACCCCGAGGCUGCGGACCUGGUCCUUCAGGGGCAAUUUUACCCCAUUAAAUACCAGGUCGAUGUUUCCCAACCCCCCCUUGUCUCCCACGAGCAGUACCUCAGUUUUAUCAGGAUUCAGCUUUAGCCUGUUUCUUCCCAUCCAUCCACUCACGGAUUCCAGACACUUGGACAUGGUCUCCACAGCCGACGCUGGUGAGGACUUAAAUGAGAGGUAGAGCUGAGUGUCAUCCGCAUAUUGGUGGCACUGCAGCCCAAACCUCCUGAUGAUAGCUCCCAGCGGUUUUACAUAGAUGUUAAAUAGCAUGGGAGAAAGGAUAGAGCCCUGUGGCACACCGCAAUUGAGGGGCCAAGGGUCUGAAACCUCAUCUCCCAAUGCCACCUGCUGGUGCCUAUCGGAGAGAAAGGAACGGAACCAGUUUAAUACUGUGCCUCCUAUUCCUAAUCCCUCCAGACGAUCCAGCAAAAUACCGUGGUUGACGGUAUCAAAAGCCGCUGAGAGAUCUAGGAGGACAAGAAAGGUGGAUUCUCCCCUAUCUAAUGCCCUCCUCAAAUCAUCCACCAGAGCGACCAAGGCUGUUUCAGUUCCAUGUCCAGUUCUGAAACCCAAUUGGUAUGGAUCUAAAUAAUCUGUUUCAUCCAAGUGCGCUGACAGCUGAUUGGCCACCACUCGCUCAAUGACCUUGCCCAAGAAUGGUAGAUUUGAAAUUGGGCGGAAGUUGUUUAAAUCUUGGGGAUCCAAGGAGGGCUUUUUCAAGAUGGGCUUUAUAAUUGCCUCCUUGAGGGCUAAUGGCAAUACACCCUCAUUCAAGGAUGCAUUUACCACCGCCUUGAUCCCUUCGCCCAAUUUCUCUUUACAGCUCAUCAAGAGCCAUGACGGGCAUGGAUCAAGGAGACAGGUGGUAGGUUUCACAGUUGACAGCACCUUGUCCACAUCCUCAGAAGGAAGAGGCCAAAAACGAUCCCAUUGGAUCACAUUAUGACUGGUCAACACUGGUCCACUAUCUGCAUUCACGGUAUGCGAAAUCGAGCUUCUUAGAUGUUCGAUUUUAUCAGCAAAAUGCUUUGCUAAAUUGUCACAGGAGGCCUUUGAGUAUUCCAAGGGUUCCUGAGCAACUGGACCGACCAGGCUUCGGACCACUUGGAACAACCUCCUGGGACAGCAUUCUGCUGAUGCAAUAGAGGCAGCAAAGUAAUCUUUCUUUGUUGCCUUUAUUGCCACAUGAUAGGCAGCUACUGCUGCUCUAACUUGUGUCCGGGCAUCUUCAGAGCGGGACUUACGCCACCGGCGCUCUAGUCGUCUCACCUCCUGUCUCAGAGCACGCAACCGUGGUGCAUACCAUGGUGCUGUCUGGGAUCUUUCCAGGGGGAGAGGACGUUUCGGGGCCACUUGGUCUAAUGUCCUGGUGAUCUUUGUAUUCCAGUCCAUCACCAGGGUUUUGACUGAGUGACCUUCAGCAGGUUCCGAUUCCCCUAGCGCAAUCAGGAAUCCUUCUGGAUCCAUCAGACGCCUGGGGCGGACCAUUCUAAUAGGUCCUGUGCCUUUGCAGAGGGUGUGUGGCAUCGAGAAAUCUACGUUUACCAGAUGGUGAUCUGACCAUGACACAGGGGUAGAGGUAAUAGUCCCUAACUUCAGAGCACUUUUCUCCUCCCCCAGGACAAAUACAAGGUCGAGAGCAUGACCGGCUACAUGGGUGGGCUCAGUAUUACUAAGGUGCAGUUCCCAGGAAGUCAUGGUUUCCAGGAAAUCCCGAGGGGCUCCAUUGAGAGUGGUCUCGGCGUGCACGUUGAAGUCACCCACCACCAACAAUUCUGGGGACAUCAUACGAACACCCGAGACCACCUCUAGCACCUCAGCCAGGGAUUUUGCCACGCAGCGAGGUGGGCGGUACACGAGCAGGAUCCCUAAACUGCCCUUCGGGCCCAGCCUCCAGUACAUGCAGUCAACAAACUUGGUCCCAUGGAGAGGAGACAUGGCAAAGACCAAAGACUCCCGAUAGAUGACAGCCACUCCCCCUCCCCGCCUUCCUUCCCUCGGCUGAUGUGCAUAACGGAAACCUGGCGGGCACAUUGCCUCUAGAAUAGGUGCUGAGGCUUUGUCCAACCAGGUCUCCAUUAUACAUGCCAGGUCUGCAGAUUCAUCCAAGAUCGUAUCAUGGAUGCAAGAUGUUUUCUGUACCACAGACCUGGCAUUGCACAACAGCAAACGAAGGUUGGUUGGAAUCCUGCAUCCCCCAGUUAUCUUCAGGUUAUAGGCAGUAGACAUAGUUAGGAUUGUGCUGUAAAUUAAUGGGACUUUUGAGUGAACAUAGCAAAGAAUUGUCUUUGUGUCGUAAAUCUUUCUCACCUCCUCCAAUCCUAUUUUUUAAAGCAAUUAGGUAGGGCUUACUUAGGUAUCACAGUUUUUAUUAUGUAGGAAACUAAUACUGAUUUUUAAGAAAAUGUUCUGCAAUGACCAACUGGUUUGACAAUAAACUAUUAUAUGGGGUGUAUGUAUUUUUACAUCUGCAGUGUGUAUGUGCAUAUGGAGUCUUCCCAACAGGUAGGGUUGGUGACUGGAAACCAAGGCAGCUUACAAUAAGAAAUAAAUCCCUUUAAAAUCCAAUAACCAUAAAAACAAGUAUAAACAGUUGCAAAACAGCUUAAAGUGGCAUGAUCCUGAACUUUGGGUUGGGUGAAUGAAGUUCCUUGUCCCUUGAGGUUGCAGUUCUCUGUACUCUUCCCUGUUUGAAUAAACCCCAUUGAAUACAUUGGGAUUUGCUUCUGAGUAAACAAACAUCGGAUUGCACUAUAAAUAUCUUUACAGGUUGUGUGAAUAAUAAACAUCUUUGACAGUCAUGCUUAUAUAAAUAUUUCUUCAUACUGUGUCCCAAUAAGUAUUUGAUUUCUCACUAUGGUUGUAGAUUAUUAUUUCCUCUACAUUUUAAGUGUGCCCUUCUUCCUUGAGGUGGUCAUGGUUUCCCUCUGUUGUUUUCACUCUGAGGGGCAGAUAGGGCAUAUGCCUUGCAUGCAAAGGUCCAAAAUUCAAUUUCUGGAAAAGACUAUUGCCUGGAAUCCUGGAGAGCCAAUGCUAGUCCAUGUCAUCAGUACUGAGCUAGCUGGUACCAAAUGGCCUGAGUACUUUGUUCCUAAAAGUGGGAAGAGACUCAAGGGCCACAGUGACUCCAAAAUUUAUGUAUUUUAUUUACAACAUUUAUAUACCACUUUAUUGUAAAAAAUCUCAAAGUGGUUUACAGAAGGUAUUAGAACAAUAGAAUUAUUUGCAAAAACAGUUAAAGACAGGUAUUUAAAAACAUUCAAAAUAAUAAAACCAACAAUGAGUUAAAAACAGAUAAAAAACACAAUAGUUUCUACGUGCCUGGAUAGGCUUGCCUAAACAAAAAUGUUUUUAGCAGGUACUGAAAAAGAGUACAAUGAAGGCAUCUGCCUAAUGUCAAUAGGCAGGGAGUUCCAAAGUGUAGGUGCUGCCACACUAAAGGACUGAUUUCUUACAAGAACAGAACAAGUACUAUGUGGCACUCAUAACAUGCAAAGCACACUUUGAGCUUGGCCUGGUAGCAAAUCGGCAACCAGUGCCGAUUUCAGAGCAGAGGUAUUAUGUGUUGAUAGGGUCUCAUUCAUGUCAGCAAUCGUGCUGUUAGGUCCAAACCCAACACGCAAGCUGUCACUGUCUACUCAGCUCACAUACACCCAGGAAGGUGCGGAGUUGAGAGCAAGAACCUAUUGCCAGAGGCCAGGAAAUAACACACAAUAUUACCUUUGCAAAGGGGUCCCAAGACCUGCCAGCAAGUAGCCUUUCAGAAGUGGGAACCCCGUUUAUUGAAAAGCAGUAGAUUAUAUAGUUUCCCCAGUGGUUACAAAAAUGGGGAGCAGACGUCAUAAAGUAUAGAAAAACAUAGCUAGACAAAGUAACAUCUUAGAUAUGGAAAAUGGGGUGCUUAGGAUAACAAAGCCAGGAACAUUUUGCCUUCUUCAGACAUAGGCUUGCAUAGUUUAUACGACCUUGAGAUAAGCACUCAGAGUCAAAGGAACAAAGGAUAGAUAGGAGCAGGGGAGUUUGGUUACAAGUGGGAUCAUUAAACUAAGAAUAACGCUCAGGUUACAUCUUCUACAAUUGUAAGAGUAUGCGUGUCAAGGUUUAUGACCAUGCAGAUGAAGCAUAGGCAUUCUUUUGUGAUACAGUUGGUAACAUCAUGUGAGACAUAAAGUAUAGAUAUGCAUAAGGAAAUGGGGAGGGGAACACAUCUCCAGUAUAAUUAGGCUUUUAUUCAUUGAGCCACUGGAAUGUUGGGGUCAGGUCACCAGGAAAUAAACCGAUAUCUACUUUAUAUCAAAUCACUAAUAUUUCCAUACCCAACAGUGCCAUAGCAUUCUGCAUUAACCACAGCCUCCGGAUCAGGUUGUGCUGCAUGGGGAUUUCUGUGUCCUUGGCUGACUGGCUGAGUUGGCUGUCAAAGUGAGUUUAUAGCAGCCCACAGGGUAGACAGAAUAGGGUAGAGAAUCUUUUUACUCUUGCUCAUUUCUAAGACAUUUUUUGAAGUGAUGGGUCAAAUCUGUAAAGAGAUUGGGAGCAGCCAUGUUAAAAGAUAGGGGCAGGGCAUUCCAGGCAGGGGGUUGCCAACCAUACUUAAAUAUGGAUAUCUUUGCAUCCCUAGUCAAGCUUUACCAACAGCACAAUCCAAACUAUAUCUACUCAGAAGUAAGUCCUAUUGAGUUCUAUGGGGCUUAGUCCCUUAGUGUGUUUAGAAUGGCAGCCUUCAGGGGCAUCCAUCUUUACUCCUGAGUGCUCCCAUCUAACAUUUCCACAACACUAGGCUCCUUUCUUCCUAUAAUAGCCUUCUGGUGACUGGACUGGCCUCGCCUGAGGGCACUUAAAUACUUCUUGCCAGAAGCAGGUAGGCUAGAUUAAAUGUUCCCUACCUGUCCUGUCCAGAGCUGGAACCACGAGACGGGGACGUGGGUGCAAUUAAAUCUUGCUUUAUUAGAGUAAUGGAUACAUCUAGGACAUUGCGCUUCAUAUAGAAACCUGCCUUAUUCACUAGAAACCCCUAACUACACUCUAGACAUGUUCUGCGGCGUGUGAAGGAAGUUGACUCAGCGACUCCCCUCUUUGAGAGGCCAGCUUAUAUAGGGAACGUUUUCGAUCGUAAUCUCUGACUCCUUCGGAAAUCCUGUCUCUGCCCUGUCCGUUUCUUAUGGUGGCGGGCACGAGGCGGGGGGGGCAUGUUUCCAAUGGCUCAUCGGAAGACACCUGCUCUUGGGCUGCAGGCUCGAGGUCAGGAGGUGGCGUCACACUGGAAGCAUCCUGGGAACUGAUUGGCAAGGGAGGAGUUGGUACAACCUCUGGGGCGUCCCCUGAUGGGCCAUCGGGAACAACUGGGGGUGGCGCACUCUCCUCUAUGGAGCUCACGCCACCCGUGGGAAUUGGCUGGAGUUCAAGUUCACUGCCCUCCCCAAGGCCCCGAGCAGACUCAACAACUCCUUGGUCUUCUGCGCCUUCUGGCAGCUGAGGCGCCUGAAACUCAUGCCUCUCCCUUCCCUGCUCCUUCAGGGAGAGCCGAGGCUCAACACUACCCUGGCUCCAUCUUAUAGGUAAGAUUUCUAUCUUCAUUUCCAAUCAGAGAAAUUUUUUUGUCUGAAUUGUAUGUUCCAAGCAACUGUGGUUGAUGCUUAAUGUAUCAUGCUUAAUGACAUCACUAGGGCCCAUCCCAUGACAUCACUAGGGCCUACCCCUGAAAUCUCAGGGUUUGGGAUGCUUCUGAUCUGGCAACCCUAGCUGGGGCUGAUGAGAAUUGGAGCUCAAAACACCUGGACGGCACUGGGUUGGGGAAGGCUGACUGUUGUAGAACUUGCCUUGAGUCCUUUGGUCAUGUUUUCCUGUGUCCGCCCCCUAGGAUUGUCUGCCACUGGACAGCUGCAUUUUGCUAUUUGUGCCUGUGCACGAGACCAAAGUGUGAAUUUCAAGUUGAUCCACUUUAUUUCAAGUGAGCUCUAUGAUAAAAUGAAUCUCCAUUGCUGGUUUUGUCCUUGGCCUUUAUUUAGGAAACCUUGUGCUCUGCAGUGGCAUGUGUGAUAGCUCAGUAUUCAGACAACAUCCUCAGAAUGUGACACUGCCUUGUUUAAUAAUUGCUGACUGAUGAAAGCUACAGGGUGCAUGCAAAGAAGAAUUCCAUUGUGCAUCUUAAAUGUCUGUAAUAUGUGAUCUGCAUUAUCUUCUAUAGCUGUUGAGGUGUGUAAGAUUAGCUGUCUUUUCAGAAUAUGAAGCAUUGGACAAUAAUAGCUCGUUAAAGGAUGUGAUGCCACUUUAUGAAGCACUUCCCAAAGCUAGCCUAUAAUAAUUCUUUCUUAGAGGAUGGAGACAAAUUGUACUACUGUACUAUCCUUUUAGGGAGUGAGUUAAUUUGAUUAUGGGCCUUGUUAUAACAUCUUUUAAAUGAAGCAUGAAUCUAAAUUCAUUGAGUAUGUAGGGGUACCAGUAGUAAAGCCUGUUAAUAAUAUUGCUUCACAUGUUUGCCGCCCUGGGCCCCUGCUGAGAGGAAGGGAGGGAUAUAAAUCAAAUAAUAAAGAGAUGAAUACAUUUUUAAUGUUAUGGCCUCUUGCCUAUAACUUAGCCAAGACUGAAUCACUUGGCUUGAACUUUACUAUGCCUUGGCUUAGAGCUUGGAAAAGUUACUUUUUUGAACUACAACCCCCAUCAGCCCAAUCCAGUGGCCAUUUUCAGAAGUUUCUCAACAAGUUUUAUUACCCUUAUGCAAUGUGAAAACCCACUCCCUGUAAUGUUCCUAAGUGAUAAAGAGUCUAAUCGAAGGAGGAGAAAGACCCCAGGAAGACACUCAUUCUAGAUAAAUGUUGGCUUCUAAUUUUGGAGAGCUUUUGGAGGGCUCUUGAUGCUAUAGUCUCUUUUAAGGGGUGGGUUGUUCCACCACUGUUAUAGUUAUGUGUGUGGGGGGGAUUGUUUUGUUUUAAUUUGGUUUUAACUUUUUUUAUUGGGUUCACUUUUUGUGAAGAAAAACGACCAGCAAAAAAAACAGAAAGAAAGAACAGCAACUACCCAAUUUAAUGAAUAAAUAAACAAUAAAAGAAUUAAAAUUACUAGAAAUCCUGUAGAGCAAAGGAAACCUGUGGUCCUCCAGAUAUUAUUGUACUCCACCUCCCAUAACCCUUGACCAUUGGCCAUGCUGGCGGGGGCUGCCAGAAGACUGCAGGUUCUCCAUCUCUGAUGUCACUCAUAGUCCUGUACUAAUCUUCACAUUAUGCACCUUGGAUCAACGUGAAUAUAGCGCUGUGUGAGCUGCCUGCCCUCCCACCAACAUCUAGUGCAACUUGUCCUGUAUCCAGGUGUCAUUACGUUGUGCCUCGCCUUGCUUCACAUCAUUCACUGGUGGGGGCAGGAAGCACACGGCAUAACAAUGUGAGAAUCCUGGGUAGAUUGUGCUACAUAUUGCAGAGUACAGAAAGGGAUUCUGUGCUUGAUGGCGCCUCUUUUUUGUAUGUGACAUUUAGUCUUGCUCUAGGUGAGUGAAGGGGCUUAAUACUGUAAAUGGGCUGUUGAGAUUUCACAAAUGGGUUGUUGUCAGCAGGGUGGGUUUUUUUUUAUUUUCCCCAGUAUGGGUAAAUGUAGAUUAAAUGAGGUAGGUGUGUGUGUGUGUAAUAUGGUGUGGCAUUUUGAUACCAAUGCUGAUGACAUUGUGCAAAAAACUGCAUGAGGAGCACCCAUCCCACAAUAAGCACCCAUCUGGAAGCACCCUAGAUGCACAAAUGCAAUGACAAUUUCAUCAUUUUCAAGUUUGUUUAGAAGAAUGUAAAGGAAAAGGCUCUGCUUAUGAAAAACAAAAGCUGUGAUAAUGUGCAGGACGAGAAACAGCACAAGACUACUGCCCAUGGACAAACCUGGCCCUCUUUAGUGAGAUACCAGCAUUUGUGUGCAAAAAAAUCCAAGUAAGAAGUGGAGUGCAUAUCAUGGGGAUUAUGGUGUGAAUUACAACCCUUUAUUAUGAUAACAUUGGUAGCAGAAUGUGCAGAAAUGUGUUGGUAUGGCCAUAGGUAAGAUAUUCUACUUCCAAGGCCACUUCUAGACUCCUGCUGUUUUGCAGGUGGGAUUCAAUCACACACAGCAAAUUCAGGUUGUGCUGUUAAAGAGCAUUUGGCACUCUUAUGCAACAAACCUGCUUCCCUCCAAAAUUGGACUUCUUGUGGUAAGGAAAGUGAUGGGAAAAUGCCCUGGCAAAUGUGGGGUAACAAUUACUUGAUGCAAUGUGGUAUAAUCUCUUCACAAAGAAAUCAGAAUGAAUGCCCAACAAACAAUGGACAUUGUAUAAACUCCCCAGAAACUUUGUGCAAUCAAAUGAGGGUGAAUGAUGAAUCAACAGAUGCUGUGCAGACUGCAAGCAACCCAAGUCUAGAAAUUGUUUCCUGGUGUAAUCAAGCUUGUUCAGGUUAUGUGAUCUCGACAACUGUUGGUAUUUGUGCUUAUGUUGAAUGAAAAAUCCCAUUCUGCUUCUGUGGGGACAAACAUACCUGGGUGCCUUAUUGCCUAAAUAAACUUUGUAAGCUUC